CCUGAGCCGCCUCCUGCACCAGCCCCUCUCACCCUGUACCCAAUGGAAGCAACUCAUCACUGCAUCGCCCCUCGCCACGAUGCCCAAUCAACGCCAUCCUAAGCUGAGCGGAGGGCAUGAGAAAAAAAGCAACAAGCACAGCAGAUCUACCAUCCAGAAACCCUCGCCUGCCCUUCAAGCCUAUUGCCAUUUUCAAAGCCAUCGAGAAAGCGCCUCGCAAGAUGGCAGCCAAGGGAGACAGGGUAGCAUUUACCGUGGUUGCUAUCCCAGUCGAAGAUGGUAUGGCAGUGGGCGUUGAUGUCAAUGGUAUUAACGGUGAUGUCCUCGUCACAUGCACUGUUGAUGUUGUCGCUGUUGGCACAGGCAGUGCAGCAGAUAACAUCGUUGCAGGUGUAUGCACUGUCGGUGUCACCAUUAUUGUUGUCGAUGGCCGCACAGCAGAUAUCAUCGUCGGAGGCGCAUGCAGUGUUGAUGUUGUCGGUGUUGUUGUCAGAGGCAGUUCAGUAGAUGUCAUCAUUAUAGGAUCAUGCACCGUUGAUGUUGUCGUUGCUGUUGUCAAAGGCAGUGCAGCAGAUGUCAUCGUUGUGAGCGCAUGCCCCGUUAAUGUUGUCGUUGAUGUUGUCAGAGGCUGUUCAGCAAAUGUCAUCAUCGUAAGCACUGGUAGUGGUAUUAGAGAUGUCACUACUGUCCAAAUUGUUGUAGAUGCUACCAUUGUUGAUGCUGUUGUUGAUGCUGUUGUUGACGUUGUCGACGAUACUGUUGGUGAUAGUGGCAAAGUUACCAAUCUGGCUGCCUGCGAACGCCUAAUCACCUCCACACCCCACGCACGUGCUUCAGCCUGGAGCUGAAGACAAUCGCUCCAUAAAGGAUUUGCUUGGUGCCAAUCGAUAUAGGCAUCUAUCUCCAUCGCAGGGCCCUCUUCGAA